AUGUUUCCUGAUCACUGUGUCAUGGCUGUCCGUGGCAGGAGCUGCAAGAAUAUGUUCACUUUUAUAGUUUUGACUUUGAUCCUCUUUAUCUCACUGUCUGAAGUGGAUUCAAAGAAAACAGCAGCAAAAUGCAGUGUAUGCAAGGAUAUUGUAGAAAAUUUUCAAAAGGGUCUGUUGUCAACUCAGAAAUCUAAUUAUGGAGGUGGCAAUACAAAAUGGGAAGAAAAAUCUCUUGGCUCUUAUGCAACGAGUGAAGUACGAUUGGUAGAGAUCAUGGAGAACUUAUGUAAUGAUGGUUCUAAAGAGUGCCAUUCCGUAUUAGAAGAGUAUGAAGAGCUGGUAGAGAGAUAUUGGUUCAAAGAGUUUGCACAGAAGAAAGAAACAGAUUUGUACAAUUAUUUGUGUAUCGAACAUAUGCAAGUUUGCUGUCCAAACUUUACGUUUGGUAAAGACUGUAGCCAGUGCCCAGGAGGCAAUGUCAGACCCUGCUCUGGCAAUGGAAACUGUGAUGGUGCAGGUACUCGUGGAGGCAGUGGUAAAUGCAGGUGUAAUUCAGGUUAUAUGGGUGAUCUCUGCAACCAGUGUAAGGAUGGCUACUUUGAGGAUUACAGUAAUGAGACGCACACUCUUUGCAAAGUGUGCCACAUAUCCUGUAAAAACACUUGUUCUGAGGAAGGACCUAAAGGAUGUGAUGGCUGUAAAGAUGGCUGGCUGGAAAAUGAGGAACUUGGUUGUCAGGAUAUAAAUGAGUGCUUGGAGGAUCCCUGUAAUGAAAACCAGUACUGUACAAACACUCAGGGCUCUUUUACUUGUUUUUCUUGUGAUGGUGCCUGUGUGUCCUGCACUGGGUCAGGGCCAGACAAGUGCAACGAAUGUAGUCCUGGCUUUUCCAUGAAUGAGACUAAAUUUUGUUUUGAUAAUAAUGAAUGUGAAGCUGAUGAAACGUUAUGCAAAGGAGAAAAUGAAGUAUGCAAGAAUACGCCAGGAAGCUAUGAAUGCCGUUGUAAGUCAGGAUUUACCAGGACUGAUAAUGUUUGCAUUCGUGUGGCCAAAGAAACCAGGUCUUCUAAACAGCCAGAGCUUCCACCAAACCUUGCAGAGCAUCUCAAGAAAACCGGAUCCAAACGUAAAGACGUCAGUUGGGACAAAUUUAAGGACAUUCCAAGUGUCAACGGGCACUUCCUGGUGAUGGCCUUGUACGGAAUCAGCUGCAGGUUCGCUGCCUCCAGCAACCUGGCCAUCUUUGCCUUGUCCCUUCUCAUGGUUAUACAUGUGGUGUGGUUCGCUACCAAUUCUCGAUGA